AUGUCUAAAUAUAGUGAAUCAACUUUGCAUCUCGAUAGUGACGGUGAAGAGGUGGAAUUCACCAGUGUUAACGGUGAUGGUAGUGAUAGAGAUACGUUGGAGAAAGAGGAUUGUAAUGGUCAUAAAUGUUUAAGUGAAGUUACAGAUGAAGAUAUAAGAGCUAGGGAAUUUAGCACAGAGGAAGAAGCGAUACAAUUUUAUAUAACAUAUGCUCAUUUCCAUGGAUUUGCGGUAAGAAAAGAUGAUAUUGUACGCGAUCAUAAAAGGAAAAUUGUUUUCCGUCAAUUACUUUGCAAUAAAGAAGGAAAGAGUGAAAGAAAAAAUAAGAAGAAUGAGGAUAAAUAUCGACCAACUAUGCGAACUGGUUGUCUUGCUAGAUUUCGAGUAGCCUAUGAUUAUGUUCGUAAGCUUUGGAGAGUUACAAAAUUUGAGUCAUCUCAUAACCAUAAAUUAACUCCUGCGCGCUUUAUUCAUUUGAUUCCCAAUUAUCGUAAAUUAAGUGAAGCGGAUAAAGAAGUUGUCAAUGGUUUGCAUUCACAAGGCGUUAGAACUUGUCAUAUAUUGGGCUUUUUGAUGGGGCAAAAAGGAGGUCAUGAAAAUCUUGGAUUUAUUAAAAAAGACCUAUACAACUAUACGCAUCAUCAAGGAAGGGUAAGAAUUGAAGGUGGUGAUACUUUUGCCACUUUGAGUUAUUUUCAAGGAAAAGCUGAUAGUGAUUCAACCUUUUUUUUUCUUCAGAGUUUACCUUUACAGAUGACGGGCGGUUAG